AGCCCGGGGCGGGGCCGAGCUGAGGGCGAUCCGGGGGGCUGCGGCGAAGAGGGGAGGUGAGCGCAGGCGCGGCCGGCCGGCCAUGAUCGCCUCGUGCCUGUGUUACCUGCUGCUGCCGGCCGCGCGCCUCUUCCGCGCCCUCGCAGAUGCCUUCUUCACAUUUCGAAAAAAUGCCCUCCUGGCGAAGAGCUCGUCCUCCCAGGUAGAGGGCGAUUUUGCCAUGGCUCCUCAGGGCGCGGACCAGGAAGAGUGCGAGGGCCUGCUGCAGCAGUGGCGAGAAGAAGGGUCGAGCCAGGUGCUUCCGGCUGUGAGCGAGGGGCCCCUGUUAGAUAAGGGACUAGCUCAGAGCAGCCUGGCCCUCCUGAUGGAUAAUCCUGGAGAACAGGUUGCUGCCUCAGAGGACAAGUGGCCCGGCAGGCAGCUGAGUGACCUGCAGGCAGCAGAGAACGUGGAGGAGCCUUCCUUUGAGGUCCUAGGAGAAGAGCCACCGCCAGAGGUCGAGGGCCCGAUGUGGGCAGCUGUCCCCAUGCAGACAGACCCUCAGUACGCAGACUGUGCUGUCCUCCCAGUGGGUGCCCUGGCCGCAGAACAGUGGGAAGAGGACCCCACAGUGGUAGCCUGGAGCAUGACACCUGAGCCUGUGCCCCAGGAAGAGGCUCCCCUCUGGUCCUUCGAGGGCCUGGGGCAGUUGCAGCCUCCCCCGAUGGAAAUUCCUUAUCAUGAAAUCCUGUGGCGAGAGUGGGAGGACCUCUCCUCUCAGCUGGACAUUCAGGGCCUGGAGGCAGGGGAUGGCCCUCAGUUCCAGUUCACCCUGAUGUCCUAUAACAUCCUGGCCCAGGACCUGAUGCAGCAGAGCUCCGAGCUCUAUCUGCAUUGCCAUCCAGACAUCCUCAGCUGGAACUAUCGCUUUGCGAAUCUCAUGCAGGAGUUCCAGCACUGGGACCCUGACAUCCUGUGUCUCCAGGAAGUCCAGGAAGACCAUUACUGGGAGCAGCUGGAGCCCUCUCUGCGAAUGAUGGGCUUUACCUGUUUCUACAAGAGGAGGACUGGGUGUAAGACGGAUGGCUGUGCUGUCUGCUACAAGCCCACGAGAUUUCGUCUGCUCUGUGCCAGCCCAGUGGAGUACUUCCGGCCUGGCUUGGAGCUCCUCAAUCGGGAUAACGUGGGCUUAGUGUUGCUGCUGCAGCCACUGCUUCCAGAAGGCCUGGGGCAAGUCUCGGUGGCCCCUUUAUGUGUGGCAAAUACCCACGUCCUGUACAAUCCACGCCGGGGUGAUAUCAAGCUGGCCCAAAUGGCCAUUCUCUUGGCUGAAGUGGACAAGGUGGCUAGGUUGUCAGAUGGCAGCCACUGCCCCAUCAUCUUGUGUGGGGACCUGAACUCCGUCCCUGACUCCCCUCUCUACAACUUCAUCAGGGACGGAGAGCUCCAGUACCUCGGGAUGCCGGCCUGGAAGGUGUCUGGACAGGAAGACUUCUCCCAUCAGCUCUACCAGAAGAAGCUGCAGGCCCCGCUGUGGCCCAGCACCCUGGGCAUCACUGACUGCUGUCAGUAUGUCACCUGUCAUCCCAAGAGAUCAGAGAGACGUAAGUACAGCCGAGACUUCCUGCUACGUUUCCGCUUCUGCAGCGUGGCCUGUCAGCGACCAGCAGGACUGGUUCUUAUGGAAGGAGUGACAGAUGGCAAGCCAGAACGACCUGCGGGCUGGGCCGAGCCUGUUCCGGAGAAAGACACCUCUGAGCCGGAGCCUGUCGGCCCCAGGGCCGCCGGCGCCAUCCAGCACUGCCUCCACCUGACCUCGGUGUACACUCACUUCCUGCCCCAGCAUGGCUGCCCGGAGGUCACCACGAUGCCUUUGGGUCUGGGAACGACGGUGGACUACAUCUUCUUCUCAGCUGAGUCCGGCCAGAGUGGGGACAGGACUGGCCGCAGGCAUCAGGAUGGAACGCUCACGCUCCUGGGCCGCCUCUCCCUCCUCUCCGAAGAGAUCCUCUGGGCUGCCAACGGCUUGCCCAACCCCUUCUGCUCUUCAGACCACCUCUGCCUGCUGGCCAGCUUCGGGAUGCAGGUCACCGCCCCGUGACAGGGCUCCCAGGGGAAGAGAGCGUCGCUUCCGGAAGAGCUCACAGGACCAGAGACUGUGGAAACUUAGAUCCAACUCACGCACAUCCCCUGCCCUCCCCCUCCUCGUUCCCCCCUUCCCACGGUUAGGUUUUCUCUGGGCCUGUCCCGGUUCUCUGCCUAUGGCCCCUUCCCUGCCCCAGCCUCUUCCUAACCCUGGGCCACGUACUUGGUGGCCCUGGGAGAGGUGGACGAGUGGUUCCCCUUCCCGCCAUGUACCCAGCGCUCCCCCUUGAUUUUUGAUUACCAGGGUUGUGGGAGCUAUUGAUCUCAAUGGUUAUUUGCUUUCAGGCUAUUUCUUGGUGGUGCCUUCUGAUCCGACCUCCUCCCUGCCUUCACAACGUCUGAGCCCGGACCUCUUGCCAGGCACACACGUGUGAGAUGCGUGUAGUAUGUGUGCAUCCUGUCAGGGCGGGACUGCUCUGCGUGGCCACACCUGCGCCUGGUCAGCCUGCUUUCUGCCCUGGGGCCAUUGGCCGAGGGGCAGGCUGAGAGCAUGGCUCGCAUCUGUGCGCUGCCAGGCAGCAGCAGGGGCACGGGCCCUCCUCCUUUCACCCCCUGAGUCCUAUUAGGCCGUCACCGUGCUAGCUGGGGCACACGCACCCUCUGAGCUCUGGGAGCGAACGGGCCCCACGGCCUGGAGCAGCACCUUUGGGGAUGCACCGCCGGAGCCUCUGACCCGAACUCCCCACGGGCCCGGCGUGCACUGUCUGGGCUGGCCCCUUUCCCCAGGCUGCCCGAGGAGAGCAAAAGUUUGUGUGGGGUCAGUGGGCUGGGAGAGUGGUUUGAGGUCUAAAGCUCUGUGAGGGUGAGGAGAGAGAACCUUCAGGAAACAGUUGUCUCACUGCGCUCUGCAGCCCGCAGAACAGGGGUGAGGGGGUAGCCCCUGCAGGCAGGCUCUGCAGCUGCCGCAGCUGGGACUCAGGACCUCAGGGAUUAUUCUCUUUUCCCCACCACUUUUUACUGUUUGCUGCCUCCCUCGUUCCCUUCCGUUUUCUCCCUAGGAAAGCCUGCUGUUUAGCUGAGGCCAAACCUUCUCAGCACAAAGGUAACCUUGGGCAAAAGUGCCUGAGGAGCUGCUCAGACCAGCAGGGCCCCAGCUGCUGGGCGCCUCUGCGUCCCACUCCUAGCGCAGGGGCUUCCGUGCCCUCACGCAUCACCUGCAUGCCUUAAUCCUCUGCUGCUGGUGUGGCCUCAGGUGUUCCUGGGCCAGCUGCUCCUCGGACCCCUCACUCGGAGUACCUGCUGGCCCUGCCUGAUUUCACUUGCUGUUGCCCGCCCCUCUCGGCCUCCAUCACAGAGCUGGAGGAGUAGCCGAGGGGCUGGAGAAACAGCCUGAGGUUAAUGGUCUCUCCCUGUAUGUAUUUGAAAGCCAAAGACCCAAUUGAACUCAUCUGUGUUCGUGGUUAUAGACUUUCCACACCUAGGUUCCGGGGAAUUUAUCUAUGUGUGUGUGUUUUUAAACAUUGUUUCCUGGGUCCUGGGCAUGCCUGGCUGAGCCCCAGGCCUGUCCGUGCCCCGCCGCUCCUUCUGUUUGCCUCUCUCUGGGCACCUCCUGAGAUGAACGCAAGACAGCGCCCGACUGUUUUCUAAGACUGUGGCCCGUCACUGUUCUCCUUUGCUGGGAAAUGCAUUGAAACAUGGCUGAAGGUGGUAGAGGGCAGAUAGCCUGAUACUCUUUUUUUUGUUUUGUUUUCUUGUUUCUGUUUUGGAAAUGAAAUGGGGGUUUUAAGUGGACAUUUAAAGUCCCUCUUCCAAAUAAAGGUUUACCUUCCCCCUUCCUA